UCUGUCCGGUGCAAGGGUCGAAUGAGCCCCUCCCGGACUUCAUUCAGAGAAUGCAGGACUAUACAGUCGCACUCACCCGUGUCAAGGAACAGCAAGAGGCUGCCGCAGCCGAAAGACUACGGCUAGCAGAGGAAGCUGCAGCACAAACCCGGUGUCAAGCCGAGGCAGACCAGUUGGCGAUCGAUCAGCUCAACGCCGACAGCGCUGAACUUGUAAGUGCUAGUCAAGCACAAUGGACAGCGGUACUCAACGGGAUGCGUUAUGUCCCCGUACCCGGCAGCGAGCCAACAACAGUGCAACAGGAGAGGCAAGACCUGGCAGAUAUUCUACUCGACACAAUGCGCGCCGUCAUUUGGAACAGCACCAUGGGGGAGCUGCAUUCCCAGUCCACACAGCAGCUGCAGCACGAUAUGAGCCACAACGUGAAGACGCUUGCAGCAGCUGUCAAGGUCGCGGACAACCAGCUGAAACAGCUGGAUGCACGCAUUGCUACCUUGGAGGCAAGGCCUCCCCAAGCAGCGCCAGGCUGCACAACAGAUAUGACAGACAUGACGAAGCAGCUCAAUGGGCGCAUCGAUCAUGUCGUCAAUCUCAUCGGCGACAUAGGUGUUUUGAAUGGGCCGGACACGAUCAGUAGCACAGUGGCCGCCAUCAAAACGGACAUCACCAAGCUGCAGACGAGACCGGACGCCGCUACCAAGAAUUUCAAGAUGCCGCAGUUCACCAUCAGCAAGUUCGACGACUACAACAAGACCGACGCUUUGACAUGGUGGCAAGGUUUCCUCACGGAAGCAUCCUGCCGCACUGUCCCGGCCGAAGACAUGUUGAAGGCGCUCUACCUACAACUGAUUGGAGGAGCGCAGGCAUGGCUGAAUCACCUGGCGGCUACCAAGCAAUGCACUAUCGCCGAACUCCACACGCACAUUACGUGGAAGGAGUUCGAGCAACUAUGGAUCACCCGAUUCAUGGUCCGCAAUGUCGUGAAGGCGGCCAUGAACGAGGUGUACACUUGCUCACAGGGAAGUAUGCCAACUCGAGACUUGACGAUUAAGUGGCAGAAGAUAGUGACCACGCCAGGCUUUGAUUUGAGCUUUACAAACCAACGAUCCGAGUUCUUCUCGCGAUCGUGCGCUGGAUUGCGGUCAGCACUCGGCAACGAGUACGACUAUACCUCGUUCCAGGCUAUCCUGGAUCGCGCAAACCUGGUCAUCCAAACGGACGACAAGGCCGCUAACGAGAAACAAUCCCAGCCGCAUUAUGUGGCUAAGCAGGGCUAUCAACGGCCAGCACAUAACAAUGCUGUGAUUUCUGAAGAAACAGUCGAUCUCCACGCUGCAGCAGCAUCCUCGAGUGAUGGAGGAAUUGUAGCAGCGCUCCCGCCGAAGCUUUGCCACCGUAACAAGGGUCGAUCUCAAGUCCCCUUCGGCGAACUGAAACCAUUGCCGAUUCCUCGGGCACUGCGCCUCUCCAUUGCUAUGGACGUGACACGCCCGUUCCCCUGGGAUCGACAUGGCCAUGACGGUAUUCUCACGGUUGUUGAUCGUUUGAGCAAGUAUGCUCACUUCCUUCCUUGCAAUUAUCAUGCUGCAGCGCCUGAGCUCGCACGACUCUUGCACACCGGUUGGAUUAUCAACCAGGGUGUUCCGGAAGACAUAGUGAGCGACCGAGAUACUCGCUUCAUGUCGGCCUUUUGGACUUCCCUCAUGGCUGAGUCCGGUACGACAAUGAAGCCGAGCUCGUCUCGGCACCCGCAGACGGAUGGCCAGACGGAGCGAGCGCACCAGACCGCUCAUAUGAUGUUGUGUACGCUCAUCUGUCCCGACCAGAAAGAUUGGGUUGACCGGCUUCCCGACGUCGAGUUUGCCUAUAACACUUCGGUGCACCCGGCGAUCUGCGUCACACCAUUCCAGCUACAUCAUGGUGGAGAGAAAGCACGGAUCUUCGCUGAUCUCCUUUUGCCACAGGCUGCCGACAUAGACGUCCCUUGCUCUCCCGCUUCCGUUCGGAAGUACCGGGACUUGCUGAUCAAAGCCCACGCAAAUAUGCAAAAGGCUCAGAUCCGCAUGCAGCAGCAGGCUAACCGACGUCGACUUCCAUGUCCUUUCCGCGAGGGAGACCUUAUUUGGGUCCUCUCCGAGGAAUUCGCGCUCGAGCAGGACGUUUCGUGCAAACUCCUUCGAAAAUGGUUCGGACCAUGGGAAGUCACUUCUGCCGUUGGAGACGAUCCCGCAGGUCCUUCCUUCGUGAUCAACAUUCCACCGCACCUGACAGUGCAUCGGGUCUUCCACGCAUCGAAGCUGGCCAUCUACACACCACCUUCAGAUGACGAGUUUCCCGGACGUCGAUCACAGGAUCCGCCUUCUAUGGACGGACAUCACGAAGUCGACCGAGUCAUCACACAUCGCAAGUAUGGCAACAAGCCAAUGCAGUUCAAAGUCACAUUCAAGCAAUGUGCGCCUGAUGACACUCGGUGGAUCUCCAGUAGAGAUUUGCAGACUUUUGCACCCCUUAUCUUCACCGACUAUGAGAAGCGACGCCUUGCUAAGGAAGCAGCUCGUCCCGCUCGACCCACCCCGGUCGUUGUUGCUGCCUUGAUGGGAACCAUGACUGUGCUGACUUGGCACAUUACUAAUACGAACGAUUUGAAGGCCGUGACGCGAAUCACCCAGAGAUAUCAAUCGGUGAUGUUUAAGAGCUAUGCAGAUCAGUUGGACCAGGCCGAUCGGCAACACGUCCACAUCUUAAGGAUAUUUGUGAGCCUUGUGCUAUCUGAAAUGGUCAGAGAUGUGCCAGAGCCAAUCAGCAGUGUCAAGACUCUCAACUCCUCGACUACAGCUGCUUCAAAGGUGACCCAAGGAAUCGCAUGGGCGAUUUUUAAAAAUUCCCCCAAUCUUCUUUCGAUGGGGAUUCAGACCAUUUCAGGGCCAGGGUUCUUCUACCGUCGGGAUGCUCAGCUUAAUGAACUGAGUUGCAGCAACUGUGGCACAGCAGGUGCUCACCAGUCUCCAUUGCAGGCAAAUGGAGGAGCCUCAAGCAAUGCAAUGAGGCAUAACAAGGCAGGUGAGAAGGACUCAUCAACUUCAGAAGACGACAAAUUGGACGACGAAUCGGAUAAACUUCCGGUGGCGGCAGAACAUCUCUCGACGGAGAGCGACGACGAAGGAGAGGGAAGUGCAAGCAAUACUCAGAGGAAUGAGCACAUAUCUGCAUACUUUUAUCAGAACGCGAACACCACUGAGCCAAUAGAAGUCGAAGGAGGAAACACAUCUGUUUAUGCCUGGUUUUCUUGCAACAUAACCAACUAUCAAGAAGGAACUUGCAGCUUUCCCCUGCAACGUGUUCUGGCUCCUUCUUCGUUGGGGAUGAUGGAUCUCCGACAGUCAAGCCAUGUCAAGAAUGCGGCAAAACAGCUCGGAGCCCUCAGUCGGGGGAUUCCCACCAAAACAAGGCCAGUUACUGCUAUGGGCCUGGGUUUCCGUACAAAGGAUGGAGAAGUGGCAGUUGGGCACGUUGAAGAGAGCCUUUCAACAUUCAGCAGUCUUUUUGACGGAGAUGAUCUCAAAGGUGGGCGCAUGUUUUUCACGGACCAGGUCGGAGCCAUGGUCGCAGCAGUGUCAGGUGACUCAGGUUUGAACACCUGUUCUUUCUGUGGGAAGACUGGUACUUUAGAACAGGUCAAUGCAAUGGAAUCGACGGACUCAGUGGUCCAGAAAGCUGCACUGUAUGUCCAACAACGCUUUGGAUGGCAAUAUGUUCUGCAGACGGAGACACCUCCUGGCAACAUAAGGAUCAACGGGAAGAAAUACUUCAUACGUACUUGGCCGUUUCAACCAGUUGCAUCUGGCAAUGUACGGCUGACUGUGGUAUUAAUUCUGCUGCGUUCUUCUCUCUUAGUAUCUUUUGAUCAUAACCGGCACAUUGUUGCUGUGGUUCUCACCAUCCUUGCGAUUGGAGGUUUCGCACUCAGCUGCUUUUUCAUCUUCCUGUUCAUGAGGCUAAAGUUGUGGCAGCUGCAGAUGGAUUUACAACGGCUGGAAGAACUUGAGGUUGAACGAAAGCUUGAAAUGGAAAAUGACAUAAAGACGGCAUUCCUGUCAAGAAUGAGUCAUGAGCUGCGUACUCCUGUGGCCUGCAUUAUUGCAAUGCUGGACUCUCUUCAAGCUGACGGCCUUAUGAAAGCUCAGGAAAUUGCACUAAGAUCCAUUAACAAAUGUGCUGUCCAUCUUCUACAACUCCUCAACUCCAUUCUAUAUGUAGCCAAGGAGGAAGCUGGAACGAUUGUCCUUGAGAACGAGAACUUCAAUAUCCGGGAAGAGCUUGAAUCACUCGUCGAUAUGUUUGCUAUCAAGUGCCAACAGAAAGGUCUCGAGAUCGUGCUCAAGCUGGCAGAUGAUAUUCCGGAAAUCGUGAGGGGCGACCAAGCACGCAUCAUGCAAAUCUUCUCAACUCUUAUUGGUAACGCCACAAAGUUUACGCCAUCAGGCUGCAUUGUCAUCCGUGGUCAAGUGCAAGAUCCUGAUCAGUUCAAUUCCGCCAUCCAAGUUGGAUCCUCGACAGAGAGUGCCAUUGACAUCUCCACGAGCUGCUUUAGUGGCUGGUCAGGCACACUCAGCACUGCCAGCAGAAGACAGACCGUAGUAUGCUGCCAAAGGCCCCCAUCGCUGAUCACUUCAUGCCGCCAGUCAAUCUGGGAGAACUUGAUUCACUUCGUGAAUGGAUGUGUUACUCGAGGGCUAAGAUGCCAAACCGUCCGUACUUUCCUUCCGUAUACAAUAACGACCCCUUAUGGUGUAGAAAUAUGCAGCAAGAGGUGCACUCCUCAGCCUGGUAACGAGACUGCCGAACAGGAGCGAGCUGACAGACACGUGAUAAGCAUGCGUCCAGUGGAUGCCCCAGACCCCGUCAAUGCCCGUGCACCACAUCAGACAGAGGUUGAUCCAUCAUCACGCAAAGUGGCCCUUGAAUUUGAGGUGGAAGACACAGGACCUGGGAUCCCGACUAAUCUAGCGGAGAAACUUUUCCAGGACUUUGUUCAAGGAGACGGUUCAAUGACACGAAGACAUGGUGGAAGUGGGCUUGGUCUCUGCAUUGCACAGUCUCUGUUGUCUCGAGACUUAUCAUUCAUGUACCUAGUUGUUCUCGAGUUCCAAUGGUUGAUCAAGGGGUUGUCGGGGCUGUUAUGAUCCUGGCCAAUUUCGAAGUACACAUUCAUCAGAUAGUAUAAUGCCGUCCAAUUGCAGAAAGAAAUGAAUGAACUUGAGGGAG